CUCGGUGAGUCAUCCACCUCAUCCUGCUAAAUGGCGGUGAUCUCAUCGUUCUUAUUUCCUCCGGCGUUGUCCCGACGAACAACGAUCUGCUCCAAGUCAUCAAAAGCAAUGGCAGGGAAAAACCAAAUCGAUGGAGAAACCUCGAAGCGGGUCGUCGUAUGCGGCGGCGGCGUAAUCGGCGUCUGCACGGCGUAUUUCCUCGCCAAGAAAGGAAUCACCGUCACUCUCGUCGAGAAAUCAGCCAUUGCGUGCGCUGCUUCCGGUAAAGCCGGUGGAUUUCUCGCUUUUGAUUGGUGCGAUGGAAGCCCUGUUGCGGCUUUAGCACGCGCGAGCUUUAACCUCCAUCGCUCGCUAGCUGAGGAGCUAAACGGCGUCGAAUCGUAUGGAUACAGACCACUCACGACUCUUAGCCUCACCGUGACGGAAUCAAAACCCGGUUCCGGCGGUUUGGGUUUACCGGAUUGGGUCAACGGCCCUGCUAAAACCCCAUCAACGAUUGGUACGACUCAAACCACAGCGCAAGUGCAUCCUCAGCUUUUCACUCGGAAGUUGUUAUCGACGGCGACGGAGAAGUAUGGUGUUGAGGUUAUGAUCGGGAAAUUGGAAGAGGUGAGAGUGGAAUCAGGGCGAGUUGACGCAGUGGUGCUUGAAGGUGGGCGAGUUAUCGAUACUCAUACGGUGGUUCUGGCGAUGGGUCCAUGGUCUAGUAAAUUUGAGCUGUUGUCUUCGAUUUUUAAGGUUUAUGGUACGAAAGCUCAUAGCAUUGUCUUGGAACCCAAGGAACCAAAUGCUAUAACACCUCAUGCCCUUUUUUUAACUUACCAUCCUUCUCAUGGUGGUCAAGCUUUGGACCCUGAAGUAUAUCCUCGUCCUACAGGUGAAGUCUACAUAUGUGGAAUGUCAUCACAAGAAGAAGUACCUGAUGAUCCAGAUCAUAUCAUAAGCAAUCUUGAAUCAAUCCAGGUUCUCAAAAGAGUCGCGAAAACAGUCUCGAGCUAUCUGAAUGAAGAAAACGCUUUAGUAAUAGCAGAGCAAGCGUGUUUCUUGCCCAGCACGGACGAUGGAGUGCCAGUGAUAGGAGAGAUUCCAGGAAUUAAGGGUUGUUAUGUAGCCACAGGACAUAGUUGCUGGGGGAUUCUUAAUGGUCCAGCCACGGGUGCUGCAUUGGCUGAGCUUAUUGUAGACGGCGUAGCCACUAGCGUUGAUAUUAGUCGAUUUAGUCCUUCCAGGUUUAGCAAACGUAGGGGAAGGGUUCAGUAAUAUACAAUAGUGUGUUCAACUGUUCAUAGAGAGGUAUGUGAGCUAUAAUCUGUUCGAUGAUGUAAUCUGGCUGGGUUAAAGCUAAUAAAAUUGUCAUUACGAGGAAGGAACCCUUUAAUAUGGUAAUGAUGCCUCACCAAUGAUUUUAAAA